UAUUAUAUUAUAUCCAACAUGAACUUAAAAAUUUAUACCCCAUUUUGCAAAAUAUUAAUUUGGGUAAUUAAUGUGAUUAUUUUCAACCCAAGAGAUAUUACAAUGGAUGGAUCAGUUUCUAAGAGAUAUGUUGCUGCAACACUUAAAAUCUCAAAUUCAGUCAUGGCUAUGACUGGUAUCUCUAUUCUUAUGUAUUCUGUCUGGAUUAUUGUUGUUUGUCUUAGAGAAUAUCAAAAGUAUCCUUUUCCAUGGUUUUUAUGGGCAUGUCUUGGUACAGGAGGUCUGUUUAUUUUCAUAUCAUUCAUUGGCCAUGGAGGAGCAGCUACCACACUUGAUUUUUUGCUAUCAUCAUAUAUUGUUUUUUUGUUCUUGCUUAUGUGCGUUGAAGGUUUAAUCAUUGGUGAUAUUUGUUUGAAUGACGAUUGGGAUAAGGACUUCCCUCGUGAUCCUACAGGAAGGUUUGAUGCCUUGGUGCAUUACAUAGAUUCCAACAAGGAAAACUUCACAAAAUUAGGCUUAUUGAUUGCAUCAUCUCAGGUGAUUUCACUCAUUUUAGCCAUGAUACUGAGAGCUACGCGUCCCUUCAAAUCACGCCUAGAUCUUAACGAAGACGACGAAAAUACAAAUUCAUCCACACUUCCAUUCUUAGUACCUCAAAAUCAAUACUUAGGAGAUCUUCCUUAUGCUGUUGGUCACCCUGAUCCGUACUACUAUCAUGCAGCACCAUCCUACAAAAACAUACAUGGUUAUCCUGAUAUUGAAGGGACUGAGAAAGGUGAAAACAUAGCUGCUACAGUGAUAGCUAUUCCUAAAGGCUGUUGAAGAAACUGAUCUGAGAGAUUUUAGGUUCGAGUCUGCUUGAGCCGUAUUUACAGUUAUUUGAUUAAAAUGUGUGAACUGCAAAACAUGUCACACUAAAAAAUGACAGCCGAACUGGUUCAAUACACAUGCACAAAUGAAUGUUGGCUCAACAUAUAAACUGAUACUUCAUGUGUGAAAUUUUCUUGGAGCUUGUUAUUCAGACAGAGCUCUUAGCUUACAGUGUUGAACUCAUAAAUUUAUGUUAUUGUGUGUAUAUUGUGAGAUCUAAUAAUAUGAGCAACCUUUUGUAGAAUGUGAUGUUGGCAACUUAUAUAUGACUUUCAAUUGCUUAUAA